CAAGGAGCCAUCAGAGGCAAGACAACACCACCUUUCAUCUCAGACAGUGAAAUAGAGAGCAUGGAUGCUAAGUGUCAUGUGGCGCAUUCGGACAUGAAGGGAGGAACCAGUGCUUUGCAGUCAGAAGCAUCCACCAGUGCAGAGCAGCUGGGACAGCUCUGUGGCAAGGAAGUCACAGCAGCUGAUAUUAAGCUUGAGAGGAUGAGGUGGGAUUUUAUGCUGGCUAAACUGAAAUAUGAACAUGAUGAUAAUGAAAAGCAAAGGCUUCAUGAAGAGAGAAUGGAGCAGCUUCACCAACAGGCAUUCAGACAAGGACUCCAAGACCUACUCCGGCCCCAAAACGAGUGCGCCUUGUUCCUAUACUGCUUCAUCAUCAUUCAUGUUAUUUACACACUAAAGGAGCUGGCCUUGUACUUUUUCCAGACCCAUUACCUGUUCUGUUUUGCUACUGUGCUCUUUUUCAUUCUUAAAGAGAUUUUCCAGGAGUACAAAAAUAGGAAAAAACGUUCUUAA